AUGUCAACAACAGAGAACACAACAACAGUUAUAGUCCAUGAAGCUAUAAAUGAAGAAUACGAGUACAUACAGUAUAACAAACAGUUACGUCUCAUUCGUUCGGUCAAAGACGAUAUGUACCAAAUGCAAAGUAUUUUGACAGCAUGUUAUGCUCCAGAUACUAAGAAACCACAAGACUGGUUUAGGAACCAAAGCACACAAGAACUUUUGAGCGAAGCACAGCGAGACAUACUUUUUUCUGAAAACAGUGAAGAACAGCGACUACGAGAAAAACCGCAGUCGCCAAAACUCUAUGAAAAUCGUGAAAAAUUGCCAAAUGGUUUGAGAGGAUAUUAUGUUCAUAGACUUCUUGUAAAUAAUGUGGCACAAUGGGCUUCAGCUCGCUAUUCAUGGUAUGUCUGUAAACUUCUUGACGAAAUUCAUAGACAAGAACGUGAAGAGAUGGAAAAGAAACUUCAAGCAAAAGAUGAAGUCAUUGAAGCAAAAGACAAAACCAUACAGAAAAGAAUACCACGUUCGGUACCAAAAGGAAAGGAAAAGAACUAUAAGUAUAUGAUUUAUACUGAAGAGAUGGAAAAUGAAGAAGACAGAGAUAUGGUUAUGUUGCAUUUAGUCAGAAGAAACAACAAAAGCUUUUACGACCUUGCUAAGAUUUACAAAUCUGACAGAAAUUGGUUCUAUCGCGAAAACUUACCGAUUUCAAUGACACCGAAUGAAGAUGUUAAACAGAUAGUUCAAGAUACGUUACCUCAAACACACUAUGAUAUGAAAGGUUGUACAAUACUUACCUUCAAAGAAGAUUUGCCAUUGUUAAAGGAAAAAAUAACAGAGUAUUUCGACAACUUCAAACAAGUAGGGUAA